ACCAGUCCUACGGUAAUCUGGCCCGCCAACCUCACCCGCACCCCGAUGAACGUCUUCCUCCAGAUCCUCAACACCCAGCCCAACCCAGACCCAGACCUCAUCAAGGAGUGCGUCACCCUGGACGCCACCUACGUCUCGCUCACCAUGGACAACCCGGACCUGCAUAAGAUCAUGCCGUGGGCAGGGACGCGCUACCGGGUGGGCUACCAGGCCUUCCUGGACACCUUCACACGUGUCGGUCUCUGGUGGACCCGCGGCCCGUUCUCGAUCGACGCCAUCUUCAGCGAUGGCGGGGGCAAUGUCACUGCCUGGGGCCAGUUCGAGAUCACCUCCAACAUCAUGCAGAAGACCAUCACCGCCCCCUGGUCGGCUCGGGCCGAGAUCAACGAGGACAUGAAGAUCACCUACUUCCAGUACAUGGAGGAUACCUUCGGCACGGCGAGCACCUUCUGGGCCGAUGGACAGAAGGAGUAUCGGGCGGAUCCAUAUGGGGGCAGU